AUGACGAGGGAGCAAGACCAGCAAUCAACGAGCAAAGAUGUCUGUCUACCGUAUGUCACCCUUCAGCCUGAUUUCGCUCAAGUGUAUACCGAUGUUAGUCAAGGAUUGCACACGGCCGAACGAGCAUGGCUUUCGGUCUAUUGUAUGAAUGCUCCAAAAGCAAGCAUACAUGCAAAGUUGAUGCUGACACAUAACAGGGAUGCAGCAAAUGGUGGCGUAGAUGUGGAUCUAGAAUCUUCAUCCAAGAGCCAAUUGAGCAUAAGAAGAGCCGAAGAGAGUAGGCUUGACUUUUCAGUCGCCAGCACCUCAAAGAAUGGCUCCCUGAUGGCAAACACGACAAAGGCAUCCAUUACGCUACCUGAAACCAGGAUAAGAAUACCUAAACGUACACUGGGACCGAUCGUGAAAGGAUCAAUUGGCGUGAGCGCUUUUGACAUUUCGGAUGCAGGCAAUGAUCUUUAUGUUGCUGGAGGUGCUGAUGGACAAGCUCAUAUUGGAAGGCUCGGAACUGGGUCGGAAGCUCGGCCUGCAGGAACGUCAGCAGUAGGAAGUGAUGAUAUCGAGACGAUUGCUCAGCGCAGAAUGCAGGAAAGAGCAGAGCAAAGAUCUAUAACCAGCAAGACAUACCUGAAAGGACAUGUAGGAGAUAUUCGAUCAGCCAAAUUCUUUCCCAGUGGAGAAGUUGUGUUGACGACUUCUUCCGAUUGCACUGCUAGAGUAUUUGGCAUCGACGGUCAAAAUCCUCGUACACUGAAAGGACACAGACGUGCGAUUCUGGAUUCUGAUUUCAUCGAUCGUGGCAAGCAAGUCUUGACUGCUUCAAUGGAUGGCACAACUCGGUUAUGGGAUGUGAGUGAGGGUAAACAGCUGUCUUCGUUUGGCAGUCAAAACUAUAGUGGUGUGAACAGGGUUAAGCUGGACACCUCCAAUUCGUCCUCAAAAUUCUUCUUUACCGGAUUAUCGAAUGGUACAGUUGAGGCAUUUGACACUUCUUCAAAGACUGCUCAGCUCAAGAUAGGCAAGGUACAAUUCCCGUCUGGUCCUGCACCACAAGCAAGUGAUUCUUGGAAACAGAUAUGGAGUGGAAGUAUAGAAUCGAUGGAUAUAAGUGCAGAUAGACAUGCACUACUGCUCGGAUGCGGGAAUGGAAUCACACUUCUGCACGAUAUGCGAAUGCUGUCAAAUAACGUUUCAGAAAGCGAAGAUGUAGGAAGCAAGAGUUUGCUUGGUAGCUGGCAACGCAAUGGAGCUGCGAUCAAUGAUGUGCAAUUCGUGAAUGGUGGAAAAGAAGCUCUAUUUGCUACAUCUGAUGGUACUCCUUACCGAUGUGACCUUGGUCAAACAGAUUCACACGACCUCUCACCUAGGGUCUUGGAGGAAUACAAUGGCUGGGAUGUGGAUAAUGUGGAAAUUUGUCGAUUUGAUCAAACUAGAUCACGAGUUUGGCUAGCAGGGGCUGACGGAAUGGUCCGAAUGUAUUAA